GCAGAUGAUCUGACACGAUGGUCCGCCCCAAACGGCACGGCGGCAGUAUUCGCCAGGCCGCUAUAGGCCUUCUCGUUGGCCUGCUAGUCGGCUUUGCCUUCUUGGCAUCGCUGCGGCACCAGGCGGCGUCCUGCUUACGCGGAUGCUGUACGGACGGGCCUGGUAAGCAAAACGAUAAACUGCCUAUCAGAUACAUAGUUAAAACCGAAAAGCCUCUACAAAAUUAUAAAAAAUCCAUUUUUGUCGGGGUGAUGACGGCGAAAAAAUAUUUGGAUUCGCGGGCAGUCGCAGCACACAGAACUUGGGCCAAGACCAUUCCGGGAGAAGUGGCGUUUUUCUCGAGCGCAGGAUCACAUAGUCAUUACGAUAUCCCCAUUGUGAGCUUAACCGGCGUAGAUGACAGCUAUCCUCCUGUGAAAAAAUCUUUCAUGAUGAUCAAAUACAUGCACGACCAUUACUUAGACAAGUAUGACUGGUUCGUUCGAGCCGACGACGACGUAUACAUUAAAGGAGAUAGUCUCUCAAAAUUCCUACAUUCCAUCAAUAACUCCAAGCCCCAAUUUAUUGGCCAGGCAGGAUUGGGAACUAAAGAAGAAUUUGGAAAACUCAGUUUGGAUGGCAGUCAGAAUUUCUGCAUGGGUGGACCUGGGGUUGUGUUUAGUAAAGAAACACUGCGAAAACUCAUCCCACACAUCAGCUACUGUUUAAAGAACCUGUAUUCGACACAUGAGGAUGUGGAAGUCGGGAGAUGUGUCCAGAGAUUUGUCAAUAUACCGUGCACAUGGGCAUUUGAGAUGCAGAGUUUAUUUUACCAAAACUAUGAAGAAGAGAGCAGACCAUACACCAAUUCCUUGAAUACUAAGGACAUCCACCGUGCCAUCACUCUCCAUCCUCUCAAGCAGCCACCAUAUUUGUACCGUUUACACAAUUUCCUACAGGCCAGAAAAUCUACUGAUCUCAGGCAUAAGAUCCUGUUCCUGCACCAAGAGGAAAGACGUAUGUCUGAACUCAUACACCCGGUGCUGGCUCAUGACCAUAUUGAUGAUAACAAAUAUGCACUUCCACCUUCACUCACCAAGUUUGUGCCAAAUUGUGGGGAUGAAGUUCCCGUUUGGGAAUUUCUUACCAGGAGUGUUAACACGUAUGGGAAUCACUUACACUCGCAUUAUAUGGUAAACCCCAAAGUUAAUGUAGGGGGAGCCUUGCGUAUAGGACUUCAGGAUAUACUUAUGCAAAUGAUGCAAAUGAUUAACAAAAAUGCCCGCCAACGAGGAAGAACUAUAGACUUCAAGGAGAUCUUGUAUGGCUACACAAGGAUUAACCCCUUACAUGGUGCUGAGUAUGUGUUAGAUCUCUUGCUGACAUAUCGUAAGCAUAAAGGCAGAAGGAUGACUGUACCAGUAAGAAGGCAUGCUUAUCUACAGCAACAGUUUGCAGAGACGGAAUUCCGGGAAGACGCAUGGAACAAACCGAUUGACCCCACACAUAUUCCAUCCCCAGAAACACCCAACCUUCUUCAACUAGUCCAUGACCAAUUUAAUAAAUUAUCAUAUUUUUCUAAUGGUAAUGUAGAAAAUGUAGACCUUAAACAUUCAUCUCAAGGCAAAACCAUCCAUUUUAUUCUUCCAUUGUCAGGAAGAUUAAACAUCUUGCAACAAUUCAUGCACAACUUUGAAAAAGUAUGCUUAGAAUUACAUGAAGAUGUCAAAUUGGUAGUGAUUAAUUUUCCCAGUGCCACUGAGAAUGAUGCAAGACAUGAAGUUGAUGAUAUUGUUCAGAAACUCAAAGACAAAUACCCUUCAUACGAUCUUAGGGUUAUUCAUAAUGAAGGCAUUUUCUCAAGAGGUGUAGCUCUCCAACAAGGAUCAGCAAUGUUUGAUUCCAGGACUUUGCUUUUCUUUGUGGAUGUAGACAUAACGUUCAACAACGAUGCUCUGCAGAGGAUACGCUCGAACACAAUCCGUGGGCAGCAAGUUUACUUCCCUGUUGUUUUCAGUCAGUACGAUCCAGCGAUGGUCUGCAAUCAAAAUCCCUGCCCUAAUAUUCCAUUUGUAUUUACCGAAAACAUAGGGUACUGGAGACAAUUUGGCUAUGGCAUUGUUAGUGCUUAUAAAAGUGAUUUUAUGAAAGUUGGUGGUUUUGACACCACCAUUCAGGGCUGGGGAAAAGAAGAUGUGGAUUUGUUCACCAAAUUUGUCACACUAAGCAAUUUGACAAUAUUCAGGUCAGUUGAUUUGGGUCUAGUCCACAUUUUCCAUCCAAUUCACUGUGAUCCCAACCUUGAUGCUGCACAGUACCAGAUGUGCCUUGGCUCAAAAGCAGCUAGUUUUGCACCUGUAUGGAAGCUGUCGGAAAUGGUGUACAAUAUUCCAGACAUUUUUCAUAGAAACCCUAAAGAGGAUAAUGAUAGUGAUAAUGACAAUAUAGAAGAAAAGAGAUAACGUUAGGUAUAUUGUAGAUAACUGAAAUUCAUUUUAUGCCAUGAAAUUAUGGAAUCCAUAUUGAUGCAUCACAUCACGUCAUAUCAAGUCAUGCAUAUUUAUUUAUUGUUAACAAAGCGGUAUUUUUAUAGAACCAUGUAAUAUAUACCUCACCAGGUGUUCGACAAGAGAAAACAAUGAACUCUCUGGAAUGCCAAAUCUCAUUUAGCAGCAAACUGAGCUGAAUGUUACAUGUCUGGCAAUUGCUCUAAUUACUGGAUUCUGUGGAAAAAGAAAAAAAUAACAUGUUUGAAGUUGGUCAAUGGUGCAGAAAUGGUUAACCUCCUGUCUGGGGGUUCUGUCCCACUGUUUGUGUGCAAUUAGAAGUCAUUUGGGUGUCCUUGCAAUGACGAAUGUGAUCAGCUUGUGCCAAAUGUUCAGUGGGCGUUAUAUAGGCGUUAUAGAGGCGGGCAGCAUGGAGGUUUAUCUUUCCAGACUAGUAUGUGCUUGUGACAUAGAGGUUACAGUCCUAAUGUGUCUCUGUUUCAGUGUUAUGAGAAGUCUGCCCUUAGCCCUCCCUAUUUACCCUGAAGGAGUUAAUUCUCCUUGUCAGGGUUACUGCUCAAUUUUGUCCUGCACUUUUAGCUUGUUGAGUAGCAGCUGCUUUAUCAAGCCGUGCCAACUCACUAGGAGUUAGUUCUUUCAUUGAUAAGGGAGAGAAGUUUCUCAUAUAAAAAAUAAAAAUUAUCCAAAUAGCAUGCAUAAAUGACUGGACACUGUUCACAUUGUGUUUUUGUAAUUAUUGUAUAAUUUAGCUUGGUGCCUCAAGGAAGAAAUGCUUUGAUUGCAGUGUUGCUUGAGAUUUUCAAAAUGCAUCACGCACCUUGCAUCAAGACAGGAUUUUAAUUAAAAAUCCUCCCUUUGUCACAUAUACAGCCUGGCAUAAACUUGGUAUGAUGUUCACAUUUUUGAUCAUUUUCCCUUUUUUAGUCCUGAAAUCACACACUGAGUUUCAAAGUCAUAACAGUAACUUCCCUCUGCCCCGCAUACACAUAUUUUUUUUUUUACCUUUGCAAUAACUUACAUGUAGUUUAGCUGGCAUAAAGGUAAUAACUUACAAAUCUAAAGCAUCUUACUUCAGUAUUUUAUACUUCAGGUUUCGUAUUUCAAGUUUCCAUUAAUCUCUGAAACUGGUGCAUUUUUAGUCACACUCACACACCAGUUUUACUUUUCAUAACUUUUGAAUAAUUUGUUUUAUUUAUGUAUUAAUAAUUAAACAGUAUUCUUUUGCUGGAAUAGAGGGCAGUUACUGAUAUGAUUUUAAAACUACCUCUGUGGGGUUACUUGCAUCUGGACUAUUCUAAUGAUAUAAAGUGAGAGUAUCUCAGUAGUACUGUGUUGACCUUGUAUAUAAUGGUUUUGUUGGCACAUUGUGUAUGUCAUUAAAAUUAAGGAGGGUGUGCACACUGCCCCUGCCAUUCCUCUAAAGCAUUUCCACUUCCUAGAGUGCCCUCAUUUGUUGUCAUAUUGCCAGACAGAAAUAUUUUGCAUUAUGGAAGCAAGUUAAAUGCUGGUACUUUUUAUUUAAUUGAUGCCUCUUUUUUUUGCAUGAAGUACAUUAUUUCAGAGGGUUCAGCACAGUAAAGAACCGGCAACCAAUGGCAUUUUCAGCUUAUGUAUGUUGAGUAUGCUGGAAAAUGAUUUAUGUAGAUUUUUAUCUUAUAAUUUAUGCGUCAUGGUGCUCUGUCAACAUUUAUCCUUGACCAUCUGAGAGUGCAAAGUAGAAAUGAUAAAUGAUUUUCUUUAAUUUAAAAAUAUAUCGGCUUUUAAUAUCUUGACGUACAUUCAAGAUUCAUAUUGUAUCUAGAUAGCUUAUCUUAUUGUCAAACACAUAACUCAAACUGCAAGUACAUAGAUAUAAUAUUUGCAGUGUAAUAUGUAGUGUUUUUAGAAAAGAUUUUCACUGCUUUUGAUUAAAACUGGUAACAUGCAAUUUAUAUAAGAGGUGGGGAAGUAAGACCAUGCAGAUGUGUCUAAUGUUUAAUGCUCAAAUUCAACAUGAGGUCAUUUUGUGUAAUACAUAUCAUUAAAAGGUAUGCAACUUUAUGGACAUUUUAAGCCAUUUUGUGAUUUACUUUUCUAGUCAGUAAGUUAUAAUGUAUUUAAUCUACUAUAGUUGCAACACUGCCGCUUGAAGACAUAUAAACUACACAUCUAUUUAAGAAGGUGAUCCUCUGACAAUGUUAAAAAAUGGCAGUGUUUAUGAUUAAUCAGGCAUUCAUGUCUGAAUCUCCUUUUAAGGGACAGAGGAAGCUACACGGCAUGGCGAGUUGUUUGCAACUUUCCAGGAGCACUACAGAACAUGCAGCGCAGCAAUACAGGGUUCCCAGUUACAGACUCUCUGUGACAUUGAUGGAGGGUUAUGCAAGUGAUUAUUGUGAUUUAUUUCUUGGUGAAAAUCUGUUUUAGUACACAAGGCUAUUAGGGUCGAGAUGAAGGGAGGGGGUCGACCAAGUACUCACUGUGGUAUUUUAUGUAUUGGCAGUAAGCAGCAGAUUGUAUAUUUGAAUAAAAAUGUUUUUAAUUAUUAUA